UCCUCCUUGCAACUCCCUCCCCGCAGCGUCGAUGGGCCCUAGACGCUGGGAUGUAUGAGCCGCUGUAUCUUGCCUUCGACGCGUACCCCAGCGUGGUCCCACGGGUGAGGGUGCGAGGCGUCAUGGCGCUGUUUCUAGCGACCUCCAUCCUCUGGGCCUUGAUCUGGCUGUUAUAUCGAGCCUGGCAGGUUUGCCAGACACCGAAUGAUGUGCUUGUCGAGAAGCUGGGUCUGGAUAUCCCUCCCCCACCCGAGGUAACGCUAGAGGAAAUCACUGCUCGGGAGAUCCGUAUAGCGUGGAAGCAGCCCAACUUCCACAAUUCGAUACAUAAGCAUAUAAUCCAGGUUAAUGGGGUCAAGGUCGGCGAAUCGAAACGAGCUGAGACUGCCGUUGAAGUGUUGAAUCUAGCCCCCGGGAGCAUCUAUCAUAUUUGUGUAUUAUCUGUCAGCGCAGCGAAUUUUCAAACGCCAAGUGCCGUCCUCCACGUCCGUACAAAGUCACUACCUCUGUCUCAGGCCCAGCAAAAUGCACCAACCAGCAGCCCGACGAUUCGUGCAUCUGUUCCGAGAUCCACGACUGGUCUCUCCGCCCCUUCCGCGCCCUUGAUGUCCCGAGAGCUAAGUGGCGGUCAACUUCAAGCGAAAAGGUCAUCGGCAGGACGAAAACUAUCUCCGGCCGCCAGUGGAGUCGAUGUUUCACACAGUCAUCAGGAUGAUCUCCAGAAGGCACCGCUUUUCGAUGAUGGCGAUGGCAGCUUGGAGCAACUCGCCGACCGGUUAAAAACACUACAAAACGAGAAUGAAGCUGUGGAUAAGCAGGUGGUUGAGGAGGAGCAAGAACAUAUUUUACUACUAAAGGAUCUCGAAAAGCAACGAGAUGAGCUGAAGAAGCGCGUGAAAGAGAAGGACGAAGCCAGCGGAGACCUGAAGAAACACGUGUACAAACUCGAGAGCGUCAACCGCACUGUGCAAAGCGAAAAGAGUAAACGAGAAAGGCUUCUCCAGCAGAAAGAGGCCGAACGAAAGAAGCGCAAGGACGAGAUUGCCCGGUGGCGGGAGCGCAUCUCGCAGAUGAACAAAGAAAAAACCGAAGCCCAGGAAGCCAGGGCUCGUCUUGAAGAGGAUGAGAAGGAAAGGACCGAGGAGAUUCGGCAGAAGAUCGCCAAGGAGCAAAACGAAUUGAAACUCAUCGACGACGAGAUCCAGGAUAAAGGCGGCCGAGUCAAGAAGCUGGAAGACGAGAGACACAAUCUCCAAGGUGGCGACAGCGAAGAUGGUCGGGAGUUGGAUCGUAUUGACAAUGAAAGAGCCCGUCAGUGGGAGAUUCGGCUGGCUAGCUUGCAAACUCGAUAUGCCACACUCGUCAAUCUUUAUGCACAAGCUCAACAACAUUACCAGGAAGCCCAGGAGCGGUUGAAAUGGCUCACCACUCAUCGCCACAACGGCUCCAGUCCCUUUACGAUUCCAGCCAUUGAUCUAGAUCUCUCAAACACGGCCACAAUUCGGCCUCGUCGUCACCGCAGUUCUCUCGCCAGCAAUGUCUCAUCCUCGGUCAAUUUCCCUACCCUCGAAUCGACCUUCCCCGGUACGAUAGUUUACAACCCGCCCCCAUCAACCAGCUCGCCAACAUUUACUCCAGCUCCGGCGUUCUUCAACAUCAACAAUGGAAUGACGAUGCCUAGUCUGGGCGAUCCUCCUGAAACCUUCCGUGGGGAUUUAGACACGGCUUCCUUGAGUAACCCUCAAAUGAGUCCUCGUGCCGAUGCAUUGCUGCCGUCUGAUCUCCUUGGCGAUGAAGAAUCUCCAGAUCUUCCGCGUCAAGCCACGCUUCCUUUGUAUACAACCAUGGAACCCUCAAGCACCCAGCUUGAAAUGUUUCCGCAUGUACCCCCAUCGCCACUUUCAUCCGGAAGUCGGCCAGCAAGCAUUUUUGCCAGUCCAAAUGAGGAUCCAAAGCGAUCACACGAGUCGGAAGACCAACCCUCGCCAUUGACAGACGAACCGAAUGCUGCGAAAAGUGCGACGCGGAGGCUCUCGGGUCUCUUUGGCUUUCAUCGCCCUCGUGGUAAGACCCUCGCUGACGGGCCCCUUCUUGGGACUUUGAAGGCCGGUCAGAGUCAGUCGUUCCCCAGGAACCUUGACGAGAUCGACCCGCUUGGCUCUAGACGACGCAGGUUGAGUUACACCGGAAACUGGGCGAAUCCGAUCUCAUUAUUUCCCCGAAGCAACACCACUGGCGCUACCGCAGACAGCUCAUCCGACCACAUUACUUCGCGCAGAGCUGCUCUUUCGAGCAUCUUUUCGCCCAGCAAGUUUGGCCUAGGUGGCUCGAGCGGUCUCGCUAAAUCGUCUGAUCCGUUGGAUUUGAACACUGGGUAUAACCAGUUUAGUCCCAGGCAUGAUCCCAUUGACCCGUCAUCUAUUUUAGGUACGGUAAGACGGGGGUCACAGUCGCCCAGGCCUUCGUCUACUUUCUCUUUUGACAACCAGCUUCCGCACCCGUCCACGGACAAUCGACAUUUCGGCUGGCCGACGGCUGAGAAGUCUGAUCACCGAAGCCUGCUUGGCUUUGGGUGGGCCUCGCCCUCGACCUGGUCACGGAAUCAAUCACGACGGCCGUCCAUCACGUACGGCUCUUCUGGUCACCUGCCUCUAGGACUAACGGGGGAACCCGAUUUCUUAUCCACCUCAUACGACAAGCAACUUCGUCCUCUUCAGGCCCCGAUCGGGACGCGUCCAUCCUCAUCCCAUCGGCCCGUGACUCCUAAGUUGAACCCUGCGGCGCCCUCGUUCAAGACGAUCUUCGGUGGCAAGAAGUCUGAGAAAGACAAAGAGAAGGUCAGGGAUAAAGAGUUGGAUGCGCCGAUUGAUUUCCACGUCGAUGAAAAUUCGCCGUCGGAGUCCCGGGCGUCUCGAGACUCGAAAUCCUUCUCCACCUUCACCGGGGAUUCGUACGAAUCCCUGGAGCGCAUGCCGUCUAGUACGUCUCUCGAGAACAGCUCGAAGGAGUCAUUCAUCCGCAAGAUUACACGCAAGGGAAGCUCGGGUAAGUUUAGCUCCUGGAAGGAUCGGUCGGGACUUUUCUCGAAGAAGGGCGAUUCUGCGCAAGGCGACAUCGAUGAGGAUGUCGGCAGCGAGGCACAGCUCGGAAGGAGCCUUGAGAGCACGGUUUCGAGCACCCCGUCAGCCGAGAAGUCGAGUAAGAGCAGCCUGGGCUUCUUCUCGCGCAAACCCAAGAAGUCCGACAAGGGCAUCGGCGAGGCGAGCGAGCGAGCCAGCGAGACUGGAGACGAGGAUAUCCCCGAGGAACUCACCCCUUUCCCCACUCCUUGAAUCGAGAUUUCCUUUCUUUCUUUUCCCUUUCCUUUCUUUUCUCUAAGAGUUAUAUAGCACCUGCAGAUUCGUUCUGCCAUUCGCGCAUGUCUCCGUCUCUCUUUUGGAUUGUCUAUUACAUAGGCCAGCAAUAGGUUGGCUUGGUGCCUCUCAAAUACUAGGAUUUUCUAUAUACAGUGCCAG